CUUCUUUUGUUUAUGUCGACAUUGUCGUUGGGUUUAAUGGUCGACUCGAUGCCCCGGGCCUGUCUGACAAAAUUCUUAAUUUCGUAUUUAACGUGGCAGAGAACUUCUGCGCAAUUCUAUUGCUAUUGGAGUUUCGAAAUUCUUUGAACGUGUACAAUCCGCGAGAAAAUCAUAUGUAUCAAACAUUAUAGGUUAUGAUUUCGUUCAAACUUCUGCUGUUCGUUGCAGAAACAGGGAUACACGGAUAGUAAUAAAUUUCGUUUGAAAUUCGUAAUUAAUAUCUCUUACAAUACAAUAUUGUAAUCCCUGCAAUUCUGUUAUUACGUUAUUAGGGGAGAAACAAAGAGCCCUUGCAGCGACAUGAAGCGUGCAGUUGCCAAAAAGUUGAUCGAGCGAUAUUUUUAUCAGUUAACUGAUGGAUGUGGCAAUCCAGAUUGUGACAAUCAGAACUGUGCAUCAAGUGGCAAAGUAACAAAUUUAACUCCGAAUCAAGCUGCAGCUCAAGCUAUUCAAUUAUUUUCCCAAGAAGCAAGACUUUGCGAUGGAACGCAACCUAGUAAAGUAGCUCGAACAACAUUAGAACCAGGCCCAGCAUCUUUAGCUAAGAGUUUACCAGUUAAAAGUGUGAAUCCAACUUGUUCAGAUGAAGGAAAGCAGGACCCAUACCUAACAGAAGCAAAAUUGUUGGAUAUAAUAGAAAGAUGUAAAUCAGAGGGAUCUUAUUCGUUAUUAAUUCGUACAUUGGGAGAGGUAUUUUCAUGUGCAAAGGCACUGAGUCUUAGUUUUCAAAAAACUGUAAAAAAUGACUCUCCCUUGGCUGCUCUUCUUGAUAGAGCUUCAGAUAGUUUAUUAAGGCCUCCUGGUGAUAUGGAUAAAGAAGCAAUUCGAUCUAUUCAAGGAGAAGACAAAGAAGAAGACAGCAGUGAACCAUCACCCAUAGUUCCUAAUAAUGAUGAUACAAGCAUUGACUUACCAGCUGUGCGAAGAGCUUUUGCUGCUCUUUGGUCUUUACCAGGAGAAGUGUUUAAAUCUGCUUUGGUCAAUGCACUAGUCACUUUGGCAGAUAAUAUUGAAUUAGACUUGAGAGUAUUUCGUAUUAUGCCAUGGGAUAAUAUGGACAGUUUAUUAAACGUAUUUCUGAUUGUAUUUGAAAUUCCUAUGCUUGGGAACAGUGAAUAUUUAGAACUUGCCCUUCAUAUGCUUUGUAAAGCAUUGAGCUGUUUUCCUAUUGUGGCACAAGCUAAACUAGCACGUGUAUGGGCUAAACAUUGUAAAUCUCGACUUCCAAGUAUUUUACAAGCUCUACAAGAAUUGAUAACUGUUAAGGUAAUAGGUGGAUCUUUUACACGGGAUUAUUGUGUUCAAGAUGCGGACACUAUUACUGCUCCGACGAAAGUUAUGAAAAUUUUAUAUUAUGCAAGUAUGUUAGCUGGUGAAUUAGAUGAACCUGACUUAAACGUAGAUGAAGAUUGUGAAUCUACAAGUAACGACAAAUCUAGCAGAUCUCUGUCUCAAAUUCCGCAGGAUCCAUUAGCUAAGGAAUUAGGGAUUACUGCAUUAGAUGCACGAAAACCAUUUAUACCUUUUACUGAUUUUUAUAAUGAACCACUUAGUGAUGCGAUAGAAAUGGACAAGGAUUUUGCAUACUAUAAAAGUGAAGAACCUAUGAAAUUUAGUUUUAUGAAUUAUGCUUUUAUCCUCACUCCUGCUACAAAGACGCUGGGCUUGUAUUACGAUAAUCGUAUUAGAAUGUAUAGUGAACGCCGAAUGAGUUUUUUACAAACUGUCGUUGGACAACCUACUAAUCCCUAUUUAAAACUAAAGGUGAGGAGAGAUCGUUUAAUAGAUGAUGCGUUAGUUGAAUUGGAAAUGAUCGCGGUAGAAAAUCCAUCCGAUCUUAAAAAGCAAUUAGUCGUUGAAUUCGAAGGUGAGCAAGGGGUCGAUGAGGGUGGUGUAUCCAAAGAAUUUUUCCAAUUGAUUGUAGAAGAAAUUUUCAAUCCUGAUUAUGGAAUGUUCACGACUCAGGAAGAUACGCAGAUGACAUGGUUCAAUCCAACGUCAUUUGAAAGUGACGCACAUUUCACGCUAAUAGGCGUUGUUCUUGGCCUAGCGAUAUACAAUAACGUAAUACUAGAUGUACGUUUCUCUAUGGUAGUUUAUCGAAAAUUGCUUGGUAGAAAAGGAUGCUUUGCCGAUUUAGAAGAUUGGAGUCCUACGUUAUAUCGAACAUUGAAGGAAUUGAUGGAUUAUACUGGGGACGAUAUGGCAGAAACAUUUAUGCAAACUUUCAGAGUAGCUCACAAAGACGUCUUCGGUUCAAUAUCUUUCCAUGAUUUGAAACCGAAUGGUGACGAAAUAUUUGUAACACAAGGAAACAAAAAAGAAUUUGUAGAUCUUUAUGCGGACUUUUUACUUAAUAAAUCUGUAGAAAGACAAUUUAAGGCAUUCAGACGUGGAUUCCAAAUGGUCACGGAUGAAAGUCCACUUGCACUACUUUUUAGACCUGAGGAAAUUGAACAACUUGUUUGUGGUAGUAAAGUUUUUGACUUCGCGGAACUGGAAGCCGCUACGGAAUAUGAAGGUGGUUAUACUGUUGACAGUAAAGCAAUACGUAAUUUCUGGCGUGUUGCGCAUUCGUUACCGCCAGAAAGCCAACGAAGACUACUUCAAUUUACUACUGGAAGCGAUAGAGUUCCAGUUGGUGGUUUAUCAAGGUUGAAAAUGGUGAUUGCUAGACAUGGUCCAGAUUCUGACAGGUUACCAAUAGCCCAUACAUGCUACAACAUAUUACUAUUGCCGGAUUACAGUACAAUAGAAAAGUUACAAGAUCGGCUGUUGAAGGCGAUCAAUUACUCAAAAGGUUUCGGCAUAUUAUAAAUGUGCAUAAAACAGCUUUGAUAUCUCCCCCCAGUCUUUCAGAGCAUAUCAAACUCUAACUCAGAGUUCGAGAUUCUCUCCUUUCGUCCCGCUAUAUGGAAGUAUUUAUUGAGAUUUUAUGCAACACAUGAAAAUGCUGAAAAUCCCUGCUUUUCAUAACAUGAUCUGAAACUAAACAAAAACAAAAAGAAAAAAAAUGAAAAAAGAGUAAAGAAGCUAAAAAUCAUCCUCUGAUACCGAGAAUACCUCGCAAUCGAUCGUUGUCCUCCAAUGUGUUUCCUCCUUGUACAAGCGGAAACUGGAAUUGCUGUACAAAAAAGUAAUACAAAAUUUUUUGCGAUGAUGUGCUUUGAAAUUUUCUUGCAUCUCCGUGUUAUUGAAAGCGUCACAGCAAAUCAAACACACUUGAGUCUUGCCGAGUUGUUUCUUAUAUCUUGCACUUUUUCUGCAUUGAUUCGGUAAAAAAAAGAGAGAGAGAGAGAGAAGAAACGUCCACUUAAAUUGGCUUUUAUAGAACCGCUGUAAUUUAUCUUAUUAAUUUUAUUCGUAAAAAAAAAAAAAGAAAAGCCAAAAGAGACAUCACCACAAUGCAGUACAUACAGCUUAAGAAUAAUAGUGAGAUGCGCGACUGUG